GGAGGGAGCGAGUGCCUCUAAGCCCGGCCUCUCCCUGAACCGGCAGCCAUCGAGAGCUGAACAGAGGGGAACAAGAAUAGCCCCAGCUGAGGGGAGGCUGUUUUUCCCUCCUCAGCAGAGGGUUGACGCCUGCUUGUCUGCCGGUCCAAUGGAGCACCUGAGGGAGCUCUUUUGGGCUCGCGGGCGCGCCGCCUAACGGGCGCCUCUUCCGGCGCCGCCCGUCCGGUCGGUGCUUCGCCUUCUCCUCCUCAGAGGCGACCAUGGUGGAAGUGAACCAGAUUUACCUGCGCUCCGUGAGGGGAGGCCUAAAGAUUGCCCGCAUGGUCCUAGCUUUUAUUGCAGUCAUCACUUUUGCCGUCAACCGAUCUCAUGAAGCAUUUCUAGCACUUGUGAUCAUGGAAUUUGUCAUUACUUUAUUAUUCUUUUUAUUAUAUCUGCUGAGUCUGCAAAAAAAGCUGAAGUUCUUAUUUUGGCCCUUGGCUGAUGCUUUCAAUUCAUUAGUGGCAGCACUGUUUCUCCUCAUUGUGGGCCUGUGUGCAGCAAUACCUAAAACCAUCGUUGAAACAACGGUUGGAGGGGUGUUUUGUCUGAUCCUGUGUGGCCUCUGCAUAGGAGAUGCUGCAUUUCUUUUGACGAAGAUUACAUUUAACCAAGGAGCACCAGGAGGGGAUGUUACUCACAAAUAGAACGCUCAACGGCCCAAAGUCUAACUUAUAACCCAUUUGAAAAGCCUGAUGAACAAUAGGCUGUUUGUGUCACUUUUUUGGUAAUUUUCUAAAAUACUAAGAGCAUGAUGUCAGGCAGUCUUGUUGAUUCCAGUGGGAGAAUUUUAAGCAUGUGCUUAACCCCUUUCAAAAACUUAACGGCAGCUGGAUUGUGCCCAAUUAAGAAUAGUCCUAUAUAUUUUAUAAAAUGCCAGUCUAACGUUACAUGUCAAAUUAUUAUCAAGUGUAGAUUUCUGACCUGGUUUGUGUUAAUGUUUUUAAUUAAAAAGACUUUAUCUGUAACAAUA